CCACUUUCGUGUUCUAGUAGACGUCGCGUUAGGAAACAAAUAUCUCUUUCUCUUCAGACCAGACCCAAGGCUUUCGUUUCUGUAAUUUUCAACCCGCAGCCAUGGCGAUGCAUGCUGGAAUGGGAUUUUCUAAGAUCAUCAUCUUAGUCGGAGCAGGGUACACUGGUACGUUGAUGAUGAAGAAUGGUAAACUUUCGGAUGUAUUGGGCGAACUUCAGGCUUUGGUGAAAGGAUAUGAAGAAAAGCAGGCGGGUGGAGCUGAAGGUGAUCAUGCUGAUGCAAUUGCCGCUCAGGUUCGUCGAUUGGCAAUGGAGGUUCGACAGCUGGCGUCAUCAAGGCAGAUCACUGUUCUCAAUGGUGGUUCAAGUGGUAAUGUGACAUCUUUAGUGGUACCAGUUGCUGCUUUGGGAGCUGUGGGUUAUGGAUACAUGUGGUGGAAGGGGUUUUCGUUCUCAGACCUCAUGUAUGUGACAAAGCAAAACAUGUCAAAUGCUGUGUCAAACUUGACAAAACAUCUGGAACAAGUGUCAGAUGCUCUUGCUGCAGCAAAAAAACACCUGACACAGAGGAUUGAGAACUUGGAUGGAAAAAUGGAUCAACAAGUGGAAAUAUCUAAAUUGAUUAAAAGUGAGGUGACUGAUGUUCGUGGUGAUAUUUCCCAAAUUGGGUAUGAUUUGGAUUCACUUAAUAGAAUGGUUUCUGGUUUGAAUGGCAAGAUAAUGACUUUGGAAGAAAAGCAGGAUCUAACCAACCUUGGAGUGUGGUACCUCUGCAACAAGGCUGAUGGAAAUAAGUUAUCUGGCAAGGCACAGGAACAAUUGAGACUAGCUAGCAAAUCUGUUGCUGGUUAUCUCACAACCGGGUCUGGGGGUUUGCAGCUGCUGAAUCUUGAGGAAAUUGUUGAAACUAUAGAUCCAACUGAUAAAUCGCCAAAAAAUGGCUUCUCCGAAGAUGUUGACAAUAAAUCAAGAACACUGACAAGGAAAAAUACGGUCAAGUUCAGUUCUUGAAUCAACCAGAAAGGAUAUAGAUAUAUAUACAAAUGCGUGCAUAUAAUACUUUAUAUAUUCUUUUAUGUCUAAUAAGAUAAAGCAUUGGCUGUGCUUUUGAUCAUUUUUUUUUGUUACUCGGUAGUACAUAUAUAUAUGUUGAUAUAUUUAUAUACCUAAACCUUCAUUUGUGGCUCUA